GCCGCCACGUGGUCAUUUAAGGAAGUGUCACGUGUCCAAAUAAAACAGCAAUGUUCUCUAGUAAGUAAGUAGACGAUUCUCCCUAACCCCUUGCUAACGCCCAGGACUGUGCUGCACAUCAUGGAUCUGCUGCACUCUCAACUCGCGGCACUCCAGCAAAAACUGUCCUUUGUUGCAACUGAUCCAAUUGACUGGAAGUUUUAUGUCCAAGCUUUCUCAUGGGGUGUUACCCUGUUCGAGUCUUACCUUCUAAUUCGUCAGUAUCCUCUGUACUCGAAAACUUCACCUCCAGAGGUUUUAGCAGGCCAUUUUGAUGACGAGGCAUUCAAAAAGUCCCAGAAUUACGGCAAGGACAAAGCAAAAUUCUCCCUGGUCACUGGACUGUUCAAGCAAGCCCUGGAUUCUGCCAUGCUUCACUAUGGAUUAUACGCAUUUGCAUGGAACAUGGGUGGGCGGACGAUCGCCUACUUCGGAUAUGGUAGCGAGUAUGAGAUCUCGCAAUCUCUUGCGUUUGCUAUCGUGCUUUUUGUUAUCUCGUCCAUACCUUCCAUACCUCUCUCUGCUUACCAAACGUUUGUUCUGGAAGAGAAGCACGGCUUUAACAAGACUACGCCCACGUUAUUCGUCACCGACUUAUUGAAAGGCUGGGCGAUUGGAUUCGUCAUCGGCAUGCCGUUCCUCGCUGCUUUCCUCUACGUCUUCAAGUGGGCCGGAGACCGCUUUGUUCCAUGGCUCAUGGCUUUUCUACUGGCUUUCCAGAUCAUUAUGGUUAUCAUAUAUCCAACUGUGAUUCAACCACUCUUCAACAAGCUUUCCCCUCUCAAAGAGGGUGAGCUACGCACGAGGACUGAAUCUCUCGCGACGAAGCUCAAGUUCCCCUUGAAGCAUUUGUACGAGAUCGACGGUUCCAAGCGUAGCUCCCAUAGCAAUGCUUAUUUCUUCGGAUUGCCAUGGAGCAAACACAUUGUCAUCUUCGAUACCCUGAUCAAAGAAAGCAAGCCCGACGAAGUCGAGGCAGUUUUAGCGCAUGAACUCGGCCACUGGUACCACAUGCACCCAACGAAAUUGCUCUGUGUGUCCCAAGUCCACAUUUUCACUAUCCUUGCCAUGUUUCCCGCCUUCUUGCAUGCACCUCAGUUCCUUCGGUCAUUCGACUUUCCUGAGGCUGUUUCGGUCUUCCCGCCAACUAUCGUCGCAUUCUUGCUAUUCCAGAUGAUUCUUAGCCCCCUAGAAGCUGUCAUUGGCAUCGCGCUCAAUUUCCUUUCGCGUCAGUUUGAAUGGGAGGCUGACCGUUUCGCGUGCGAGAUUCAAGAACGGUUGUCGGCUCCAGAGAUGAAGGAUAUGGGCGAAAGGCUUUCACGGGCGUUGAUUACCCUUCAUGUCAAGAAUCUGAGCACCGUAUGGGUUGAUUGGCUAUACUCGGCUUAUCAUCACUCACACCCGACAUUGACAGAGCGAUUGAAGGCCCUCCAGGCAUUCCAAGCUAAGAGGGAUGGUGCAGCGAAGAAAGAUCUUUAGCAGACUCGCUUCCAUUGGAUUAAGUACGUAUAGUACACGCAUUUGUAUAUUGCAUCCUAGGUAUUAUGCACGCUCAGCGAAUAUUAUUGGAUACGGAUAGUAUCAUUCUCCAACUAGUGUUC